AUGGUUUCUUUAGGUCAACCAUGUACACUUCAAUUUUUACCUGCACUUCAAAUUAUAACUAUGCUCGAAAAUACUGAACCCGGAAAUCUUGUUGCACGUCUUCAAAUAACUGGUACUCCAUCGGAAAUUUCAAAUAGACUUGUUUAUAAUAGUUCUGAUGUAAAAACAAAUGGAACUGAUUAUUUUAUUCUAAAUUUUACUGAUCUUUACUUACGUUCUCCUCUUGAUUAUGAAUGGUGGACAUCAAAUAAUUAUCCAAAUCCAUUUCGUUUUAUUGUUGAAUGUACAGUUUUAGCUGAUAAAUCAAUUCAUGAUAUUGAUUUUCAACUUGAUCUUAUUGAUGUUAAUGAUCAUCCACCAAUAUUUUCACAGACAAUUUAUUAUAUAAAUCUCGAUGAAACAACACCAAUAAAUACUAUUAUAUCAACAACUAUUUUUGCAUAUGAUCCGGAUUCAGGUGCAUCCGGAACAUUUUCCUAUUAUUUACAUAAUAAUUUAUCUUCCUAUAAUUCUUAUUUUCGAUUGAUAAGUUCAACAAAUGCAAGUCUUAUUUUAGUUCAAGCACUUGAUUAUAAUUCUAUGGUAUCAAGUUUUAAUUUAACAAUUGUUGCACAAGAUCAUGGAAAUCCAUCAUUAUCAUCUCAAGCAAUUAUUUCAAUACAUUUAAUUGAUAUUGAUAAUUUAGAUCCAAAAUUUAAUAUAUCAACAUCAUAUACUCUUAAUAUUUCAAUUGAUAUGGAAAUUGGAUACGAAGUCAUACCAAAUGAAGGUAGAAUAUGUGCUUAUGAUCAAGAUAUUGGAAUAAAUACAACAAUUAUUUAUUCUUUGUUAACAUCAAGUACUUAUUUUUCAAUUGAUAAAUAUACAGGUGUUAUAGUUCUUCAAUCAAAUUUUUAUUCUAUAACACAAUUUGAUCUAUUAAUUAAAGCCGAACAAGAAAAUAAUCCCAAUCGAUCAGUAACAACUAUAUUGCAUGUUAAUGUCUAUGAAUUAAAUCUAUAUGCACCAAAAUUUCUUGCAUUACCUUAUACAAUGAUAGGAUAUACAACGAAUACGCUUGAUCAAAUACCAACAUUUAAUGGAGCUAUUCAUGAUAUGGAUACGAAUCCAAGAUUGACUUUUGGUUAUUCAUGUAAUUCAUCAUUAAUCAAUUUAGAUAUUAUGAAAACUAGUCUUCGUCAAUUUCGAAUUCAACCAAAUAAUUUUCUAAAUCUUCCAAAAUGUCAACCUUGUUUAUGUUUUCUUAAUGUAUCUGAUGGACGAUAUUCGCAUCAAACAAAUCUUAAUGUUUAUCUUUAUACACCAAUAUCAUUUUUAAUGAAUUCAUAUCUAUUCUCAGCUGAUUAUCCACUUAAUGAUCCGUCAGUUAUCAUUGGUACUAUAUCGGUUAUUAAAGAUAAUAGUUGUGUAGUGCAAUAUUUUAUACUAGAUCAACACAAUUCCUUAUUUUCCAUUUCUCAAACAGGUAAUUUAACAUGGUUAAAUUCAUCAAAUCCACCAACACAAGAAGCUUAUCAAUUUCAAAUUACUGUUCAACAAAUAUGUUCAUCAUUAAUAAUGAAUAUUUCAACAGAUGUUAUUAUUACAAUUCGUAAUUUUCCAUCAUAUACAAUAACAUCAACAAUAAAUACAUCUCAACUAGAUAAUAGUACAACAUAUGCUAUUAUAGCAAGUGUUGGUGCAUUUAUUCUUAUUAUAAUUGCAAUAUUAUUUAUUAUUAUUUAUUAUAAUAUUCAACGUGCUAAACAUCGUGUUCCACCAUUUUUUAAAACUCGUCAAAAUUCAUCAGCACAGGGUUUAUCAUUUUUUAAAUCAAAAAGUCCAAUUAAUGAAUCUUCACCAUAUACAUUAGGUGUACGUGAUGAUGAUUCAUCACAUAGUAGUGAUCAUACAACUUCAUCACCACUUAAUAAUCGUCUUCUAUCUGGACAUUAUAAAGUUAGUGAACCACCAAUAAAUACAACGAUUGAAGAAUUAUUAUCAACAUAUGAUAAUCGUUCAACAAGUAGUUCAUCAAGUUCAUCUGGUAUAUGUGAUCAAGCUAUAUCAACAAAUAUAGGUGCAUUUCGUACAACUAUUCGUGAAACAAAUGAUCAUCAACAACUAGAUACAAUAAAUGAAGAUAUACAAUGGAUUAAUAAUCAACAACAACAACAACAACAACAAAAGAGGCGUUCAAAUAGUUUAAGACAUCAAAUGUUAUCUGAAGAUUCAAUGGAUAUUAUAUCAGAAUCUCAUGAGGUAGACAAUAAAUUUGAAAAAAACACUAACGCUUGUUUUGCUUGCUUUAACUCUAAUAAUUCUAUUAAUCAUAUGUGUUCUCAUUGUUAUUCAUUAUUAUCGAGCACGUCAACUCACUUAUUAUUAUCUUCCUCUUCCUCCUCCUCAUCAGGUUCGACAACCACUAUUGAUGCUUGUCGACAACACACAACAACAACAGCAACAGUUGAAGUAGGAUCCAACAGCUUUAGUUAUUAUAAUGCUCAAUUCAGCCCUAUUGCUGCUACUCGCUGCUAA